AUGCGAUUUCUCUGUCUCCAUGGCCGAGGCACGAACUCGGAUAUCUUUGAGCGUCAGUUGGCCCCAUUAGUCUCACAUGUAUCGAGCGAACACUCGUUUGAUUUCCUCGACGCACAGUUUGAAUCCCCAGCAGGUCCUGGAGUUGCUGAAUUCUUCGCUCCUCCGUAUCUUGCUUGGCACGAUCACUACCGGCCGUCUCACGUCGAAAAGGUGCAUGAGAACCUUCGAGAAGUGAUGGAAGAGGAUGGGCCAUACGAUGGAGUAAUCGGCUUCUCACAAGGUGCAGCUCUUGCAGCGAGCCUCUUGUUGUAUCAUGAGUCACAGAAAGAAGCUGGUGCGUGCGAUUCGAGCGGAAAUCUUUUCAAGGUGGCCAUCUUUUUCAACAGUGUCGUGCUCCUGUCACCCUCGACAGAUACCGGUAGCAAAAUCGACGAAGAAAUAAAGCAGGGGGAAGCGAUAUAUGCAGGCUUGCUUCGUGGACAGCAGACAAUCUCCUUACCAGAAGCGUACGCGAGCCCAGAUGGCAACGAGGAAGAGAAUCCAGACUCCAUAUUUGGGUUCGAGUCGGACACCUUUCCCCACCGCAUACAGAUCCCUACUUUGCAUGUGAUUGGUAUACAGGAUCAAUAUGCGGUCCAUUCGCGGAAGCUAGUCAAGUUGUGUCGGCCUGAUCGAGCACAGAAGAUUGAGGUGGACUGUGGUCAUGAAGUCCCGCGCAAUGUGGCUGUCUUGACAGAACUGGCUGAAGUCUUCGAGCUGGUAGUCAGCAUGGCGUCUAUGCACGAUUAG